AUGCCAUUCGACCGAAGGACGACGGCGACUACAACUUGCCCAGGAUCGCCUCUUCACACCGGACACGUCAUCUGCCCCCUACCCACACAGCAGAUGCUCGCCUCCACACAUCGCCAGUUGCCUGUACCGACAGUUGACUCUCCACGAGCCAAGAGGUCUCCACUUCCACCGCGUGGCACACAAACGACCCUCUUCCGACCGACUCCUCUGACGACGCGGCUUCAAAGCAGUUCAUCCCACUGCGCUCCCACCCCAGCCCCUCUCACGACCAGCUACCCAGUUCCAGCAAGUAUUCACCUUUCACUCCUUUUCUGUCGUACAGGUCACCUGUUUCCGGUCUCAUUACUCAGUCAGGCCUAG